AUGGUCCACAACAUCCACAUCGCCGUCUUGGACGUCGACAUCCCAGCCCGCCGUCUCUACGAGGCACGAGGACUCUGCAGCGCCCACUUUCGCACAAUUCUCCGCGAGACGGCCUCACGCUUGAACGAGACCUUCUUCGCCGAUAAAGACCAACUCGAAGUUAAAAUCACACCAUACGAUAUCCGCGGCGGCCACUACCCGGACCUCUAUAAGCUACGCGGCGAUGCCAACCAAUUCCAAAUCCCAGUGGCAUCGCCCAUCGAUGCCGUCCUGAUCACAGGCGGCUCACCGGGUGUAUACGAAUUGGACCACUCACCCUGGAUGCAAACAUUAGAAAAGUUUGUGAAAACCGUGUACAACGACUACCCCCAAGUACGAAUCUUGGGCACCUGCUUCGGCCACCAGAUGAUUUCGCACGCGCUCGUGCGCAACUCAGAAGAUAGCGUGCGCGACGUCUGGGUCGAGAAGUGCCCCCUCGGCCGCGAAGUCGGAAUUUAUACCGUUCAAUUAGAGAAGGCUUUCCUCAACUCAUUCCCUGCGGCACUGGGUCAGCUGCCGGAAGGCAAGUUGCGGAUCCAGAUGUUCCACGGGGAUCGUGUUAUGGCUGUUGAGAAGGGGACUCAUGUUUCGCUGGUCGAGUCGCCGCCUGUUUCGCUGCCUGCGCCUUGGGUUAAUAUUGGCAGUACGCCUAUCUGCCCUAUUCAGGGUCUUUACCACCCUGGCAGGGUUCUCUCUGUGCAGGGUCAUUAUGAGAUGGAUGCUUUUGGUAUGACUAAGAUGUGUCUUGAGUCUGCGCCUGUCAUGGGGUGGAAGGAGUCGAAGCUUGCGCUUUUCUUGGAGCAGGUUGGGGACGAUCUUAAGGAGGGGGGUCAGGAUGAUUCCAAGGCUUUUGCUUCUGCUGUUGUUUGUUUCUUGGCUGGUGUUGAGCAAUGA